UUAAUUCAUGGCGUUGACUCCCACGCUAUGCUAAGCUAGCUAGCUAGAGCUUUAUCUUAGCAUUCUAGGAAUACUCGAGGGACUGCGUGCGGACGUGACCAUUUCAGUUUGUAGAUUUCAGUUUGUAUUCCAUUACCUGUCAAACUGUCACUAACGAUGUUCUUAGAAGAAAUACGUUGCAUAUCGAGCGGUAUAUAUGGACAUAAAUAUAGCUAUAUUAUGAACAGCAGGUAUUUGCCAAAGUGUAAGUUACAUAUGAAGUCAUCAUUUUUCGGGAAAAAUGGUGAAGUACUUUGCCUGCGUGGGUCAUCUGAAAAGUUCCUGGGACCAAGUCUGCAUUGCUUUCUGGGAGCGAUACCCCAACCCCUACAGUAACCAUGUCCUAACGGAGGACAUCAUCUUCAGGGAUGUAACUCCCGGUAACUGUCUGGUCUCUAGGCGACUGCUGACCAAAACUAACCGCGCCCCUCGCUGGAUGGAGAAGUACCUGCCGGUUACCAUGGCCAGGCACGCCUACAUCAUCGAGGAUUCCAUCGUGGACCCCCAGAACAGAACCAUGACAACGCUGACUUGGAACAUCAGCCACGCACGCAUGAUGUCUGUGGAGGAGCGUUGUGAGUACAGAAUUAACCCUGACAACACCAGCUGGACGGAGAUUAACAGAGAGGCCUGGAUCUCGUCUAACAUCUACGGGCUCUCCAGAGCUAUACAGGAAUUCGGCCUCGCCCGGUUCAAGACCAGUGUUACAAAGACCAUGAAAGGGUUUGAAUACGUCCUGGCCAAAAUGCAAGGUGAUACCCCCUCCAGGACCCUGGCUGAGCAUGCUGCAGAGAGGGCCAGGGAGACGGCUCUGGUAGCUAAAGAGAAAGCCAAAGGCCUGGCCUCACAGGCUCACAAGAAACAACAGUAUGUCUGAGCUGCCAGUGUAGGGUGAAGCUUCCCCUAGAUGCUGAUAUGUGUUUAGGAGUGGCGCAGGCGAAGCUGAUCCUAGAAACUUAAACCCAGAAUGCGAGGUGUCAGAGGGAGGAAGUAGACAUUGGCCCCUGUCAGUCCUGCCUUGAUUCAAAGACUUUAUCUGGGAUGGAUUGAGCAUGCCUGGCUGGCACUAUUUGAACCCAGGUCUGGUUGUCCCUACUCAGAUCUGGGAUCAGAUCUUAUUGAGGUAGGGGAAUCUGAUCCUAGAUCUGUGGUUAUGGAUGCAAAAUCCGUUAACAAAAAUGACCAGGUUUUCCAGAAAUUGAAAGAUUACCGUAAGAAGGAAAACCCGGAAUCCUCCAACCAGGAUUUCUGGAAAACCUGGUAGUUUUGUGAAUGUUUCUGUAAUUUUGUGACUCAAGGUGUGACGGUGAUCUAGGGGAUGAACCAAUACAGUUAAAGCCCAUUUUAUGCUGAAUCUGAUCAAAUGGUGGAGGCCAUAUGGAGGGUGCGACGAGUCUCCGGAGGCGUGCAGAGGCCGAAUCAAGCGCCAUAACCGCAUCGCUGUGCACCUCUCAAAUGUUGUAACAAUGUGGAGGGCUCCGCAUUGACAUGAUUGGUUGACGGUAGGUGAGGGCGGUAGGUCCUGAAUAAACACAAACUCACUCUCUCGACAACUUCCUUCACAACAGCUCUGGGAAGCUCCAAAAAGUAUGUUUGCUCUGACUUCUGCAGAUGCUGCAUUACAGUAACGCUCUGUACUGCCGCGACACAGUAACGCUCUGUACUGCCUGUACUGCCGCGACACAGUAACGCUCUGUACUGCCUGUACUGCCGCGACACAGUAACGCUCUGUACUGCCUGUACUGCCGCGACACAGUAACACUCUGUACUGCUGUGGCACAGUAACGCUCUGUACUGCUGUGAUACAGUAACGCUCUGUACUGCCUGUACUGCUGUGACACAGUAACGCUCUGUACUGCUGUGAUACAGUAACGCUCUGUACUGCCUGUACUGCCGCGACACAGUAACGCUCUGUACUGCCUGUACUGCCGCGACACAGUAACACGCUGUACUGCUGUGACACAGUAACGCUCUGUACUGCCUGUACUGCCGCGACACAGUAACGCUCUGUACUGCUGUGAUACAGUAACGCUCUGUACUGCCGCGACACAGUAACGCUCUGUACUGCUGUGAUAUAGUAACGCUCUGUACUGCUGUGACACAGUAACGCUCUGUACUGCUGCAUUACAGUAACGCUCUGUACUGCUGCAUUACAGUAACGCUCUGUACUGCCUGUACUGCCGCGACACAGUAACGCGCUGUACUGCCGCGACACAGUAACGCUCUGUACUGCCUGUCCUGCUGCUACACAGUAACACGCUGUACUGCCGCGACACAGUAACGCUCUGUACUGCCGCGACACGGUGACACGCUGUACUGCCGCAACACGGUGACACGCUGUACUGCCGCGACACAGUAACGCUCUGUACUGCCUGUACUGCUGCUACACAGUAACACGCUGUACUGCCGCGACACAGUAACGCUCUGUACUGCUGCGACACGGUAACGCUCUGUACUGCCGCGACACGGUAACGCGCUGUACUGCCGCGACACGGUAACGCGCUGUACUGCCGCGACACGGUAACGCGCUGUACUGCCGCGACACGGUAACGCUACUGCCUGUACUGCCGCUACACAGUAACACGCUGUACUGCCGCGACACGGUAACGCUCUGUACUGCCGCGACACGGUAACGCUCUGUACUGCCGCGACACGGUAACGCUCUGUACUGCCGCGACACGGUAACGCUCUGUACUGCCGCGACACGGUAACGCGCUGUACUGCCGCGACACGGUAACGCGCUGUACUGCCACGACACGGUAACGCUCUGUACUGCCGCGACACAGUAACGCGCUGUACUGCCUGUACUGCCGCUACACAGUAACGCGCUGUACUGCCGCGACACAGUAACGCGCUGUACUGCCUGUACUGCCGCUACACAGUAACGCGCUGUACUGCCCCGACACAGUAACGCUCUGUACUGCCGCGACACGGUAACGCUCUGUACUGCCGCGACACGGUAACGCUCUGUACUGCCGCGACACAGUAACGCGCUGUACUGCCUGUACUGCCGCUACACAGUAACGCGCUGUACUGCCGCGACACAGUAACGCUCUGUACUGCCGCGACACAGUAACGCUCUGUACUGCCGCGACACAGUAACGCGCUGUACUGCCUGUACUGCCGCUACACAGUAACGCGCUGUACUGCCGCGACACAGUAACGCUCUGUACUGCCGCGACACAGUAACGCUCUGUACUGCCGCGACACAGUAACGCUCUGUACUGCCGCGACACGGUAACGCUCUGUACUGCUGCGACACGGUAACGCGCUGUACUGCCGCGACACUGUAACGCUCUGUACUGCCGCGACACGGUAACGCUCUGUACUGCCGCGACACGGUAACGCUCUGUACUGCCGCGACACGGUAACGCUCUGUACUGCCGCGACACGGUAACGCUCUGUACUGCCGCGACACGGUAACGCUCUGUACUGCCGCGACACGGUAACGCUCUGUACUGCCGCGACACGGUAACGCUCUGUACUGCCGCGACACGGUAACGCUCUGUACUGCCUGUACUGCCGCGACACUGUACUGCCUCGACACUGUACUGCCUGUACUGCCGCGACACAGUAACGCGCUGUACUGCCGCGACACAGUAACGCGCUGUACUGCCGCCGCAGACAUCGGAUUGACCAUGCGGCACCUUUUUUAGACUUGUGUCUUCUAACAAGUGUCUGGACUGAGUCUCAAUAGUCCUCACUAGCUUCCUUUCCUUGUCUCCUUUCCUUCAGUACAGUACUCUAACAGGGAGGUGAACGCACCGGGCUAGUUUCCAUUCUACUCCCUCCAACCUGUCGUGGUCUUAUCAGUUGGUGUGUAGAUGCUUAUCUCAAUGAGACAAACCUGCAGCAGAAAGGGAUGAGAAAUGGAAGAGGCUAAACGCUAUAGAAGGGGUUACUGUACCUGCAGAGAAUGUAAACUGAGUAACUGGGUUGAUCUUGUCGGAGGCAUGUGGCAGCAUUGGGGACAGGACAACACCAGUCCCACCCAGCAGGUGAUCUACUGGGCACGGCUGACGUUGGUGUUGGUUGGUCUUGUCCUUUUAUUGGUGGCUAGCUAGUACAAGAGACUGGUUCAUGUCUCCAGAAAUGAAUGUGACUCAAGUUGUUUUUCGUGACCUACUGAAUACUGUCAUAGCCGUAGGGGACGACGAGGGAGUUCCGCGCUGAUAUUGGGUCACUUUUUAGUAUUUUCCCAAUAAUGGCUAAGGUUAGGAUUGGUUAGAGGGGAAGCUGAUCCUAGAUCUGUAGGCCUACCCACCAUUUCCCUCCAGCUCAGUGGCUGAGUCCCAAAUGGCACCCUAUUCCCUAUAUAGUGCACUACUUUAGACCAGAGCCCUAUAGAAACCUAUUCCCUAUAUAGUGCACUACUUUAGACCAGAGCCCUAUAUAGUGUACUACUUUAGACCAGAGCCCUAUAGAACCCUAUUCCCUAUAUAGUGCACUACUUUAGACCAGAGCCCUAUAGAACCCUAUUCCCUAUAUAUAGUGCACUACUUUAGACCAGAGCCCUAUUCCCUAUAUAGUGUACUACUUUAGACCAGAGCCCUAUUCCCUAUAUAGUGUACUACUUUAGACCAGAGCCCUAUAGAACCCUAUUCCCUAUAUAGUGCACUACUUUAGACCAGAGCCCUAUAGAACCCUAUUCCCUAUAUAGUGCACUACUUUAGACCAGAGACAUUAAGGACUCUUUUAACCCCUCGUGCACUUCUGUCUAUUCCAUUACAGGAAGCAUUUCUCCUGUCUGUUGUAAUUCCUUGACCUUCAUAUAGUUGUGUUUCUCACACAGUAGAUGAGACUGACUGCGUAUCUUCAGUUGCUUACGAUUUGUAAAUAUUUAAUAUUUUUCAAAAUCAUCUUUUGUUUUCUGUAAACUAGACUACUCAAAAAAACCUCUCUCAAAGUAAUCUCCCUGAAUCUCUAUUCUUCGCUACAGGUUAAUUGAUUUCAGUUAUAGCGCUACAUUAUAUAUAUUUUUUGUUGAUUCAGAAUGAUAAUUCAUUGCUUUAAAUUGAAGUUGUUACUAGUGUGAUGAGGGGAGGGGGGGGGGGGGGGGUCCACGUUAUUUUGCAGUCGUUACUUGGAAGUGAUCAUCCUCGGCUAGAGGGAGAGCUGCUACUUGGCUCUCUCUUGGAAGUGAUCAUCCUCGGCUAGAGGGAGAGCUGCUACUUGGCUCUCUCUUGGAAGUGAUCAUCCUCGGCUAGAGGGAGAGCUGCUACUUGGCUCUCUCUUGGAAGUGAUCAUCCUCGGCUAGAGGGAGAGCUGCUACUUGGCUCUCUUGGAAGUGAUCAUCCUUGGCUAGAGGGAGAGCUGCUACUUGGCUCUCUCUUGGAAGUGAUCAUCCUUGGCUAGAGGGAGAGCUGCUACUUGGCUCUCUCUUGGAAGUGAUCAUCCUUGGCUAGAGGGAGAGCUGCUACUUGGCUCUCUCUUGGCAUUGUGAAAAGACAGGAUUGCUGUGGAUAUCAAUGUCUGUCUAUGCUUGAAGAAAUUAGCUUCAGAAAAUUAGCCAAAUUUGCACACAAAAAACGGGUAUAAUUUCACUUAAAGACAUGCUCUGGAACUUGGACAACUGUUUUUUUUGUUUUCUUAAACGGGCUGGAUGUGUCAAUGUGUGGUUAGUUUAAGCAAUAAGGCACGAGGGGGUGUGGUAUAUGGCACGUCGCAACGCGGGGUGCCUGGACACAGCCCUUAGCCGUGGUAUAUUGGUCAUAUACCACAAACCCCCCUGAGAUGCCUUAUUGCUAUUAUAAACUGGUUACCAAUGUAAUUAGAGAAGUAAAAAUGUAUGUUUUCUCAUACCUGUGGUAUAUGGUCUGAUAUACCAUGGCUGUCAGCCAAUCAGCAUUCAAGGCCUCUGAUCAUCCCGUUUAUAAACAUGAGAUAAUUUAUGAGCAGAAUUAAAAAAUUUUUUUACCUCAAUUAGCCACGAAAUCCCUCGUUUGAAAGACUGUUUUUCUAACCCUUUUCCCCCUACAUGGGCCAGCCCCAAGCAAUUAGAGUUCUGAGCUUCGGGCCCUCUCCAUUUGAGUGACAGCUAGUAAGGUUGCACACACAGCAGAGCGAGAGGCGGGGCAAUGACAUGGUACACAUAUAUGAUGUAGUACACCAUUUUCGGGUACCACUUUUGGCUCAUGAGUGCUUACUUUCAUAACUACUGGCUAUAAAAGUACACAAGUUCCUGAGAAUCUUCUUUUUAAAGAAAAUGUAUACAAUUUAUGAAUGUGUAAUGUUUAAGCAACAGUAUGGACUUAUUGAUGAAUACUAAUUAAAGAAUCUGUUUCUGGUUUA